UCCCGUCAGGUUAGCGCAGUUGAAGGAGCAAGGACAAGCCAGGUGCUGCUGGGGAGACACGGGUAUUAAAAGUUAGCUCCUAGCUGAAACGGGAACAAGUCGGUGGUGUCCUCAGCCUCUCUUGAUAGCACUAUCAGAAUGUGGUCUGUCUCGUGGGGGCUGUGUGUAGGUGAUCCGCACCCACGAGGCAGGCGUUACUGAAAUUUCCCUUCAUGCCACUGGAGACUACCUGCUCAGCUCCUCCAAGGACCAGUAUUGGGCGUUCUCAGAUGUCCGGACAGGUCGGGUGUUGACCAAGGUCACUGGUGAAGCUGCAGGCUGUGGAUGGGCACGGCCGAUUCUCAAAUUAAGAUCUGGGAUGUGAAGGAGCACACCAACGUUGCCAACUUCCCCGGGCACUCUGGCCCCGUCACCAUUGCUUUCUCCAACAAAGGGUACUACUUGGCCACUGGUGCUCAGGUUUGCUCUCUAAAGCGGUGGGAUUUGAGGAAGCUGAAUAACUUUAAGACCAUUUCCCUGGACAGCAACUAUGAGAGCAUUCUGGGCUUGUGACGGGUGUGGUUUUUGGUGAGCACGCUCAGUUCCUCACCUCAACAGGGAUGGACAGAAUCCUUAAGUUCUACAGCCUGUAGGACAGAACGCUUGAGGUGGGGGGGGGGUUCUUGUCAACUCUACCCUUCUCUAUAGCCUGAUCUGCAGGUGAACUGCAAUUUGCAGCUAAUUGAGUAUGGGGUAUUUGUGAAAUCAAAACCUAGAAACUGAUGAAACCUCCAGGGGCGGGAUUCCCCCAGUCCUGGGUAAAGCCAUGUGACUGUAGUCUGCAGUGUGGUACAGUGACCGAUGUGGGAAGUUUAAAUAUUCCCCCUGCUGCCAAACAGUAAGCCUCAGUCAUGACCACCCUGAAUCACAAAGCAAGAGUGCACAACAAAACGCUGUUUAUUCCACACACUCAUUAGAAAUCACUGAUACAUGACUAAUAUGCACAUCCUAGAUUGUCAGUGCACUACCUGAGAUCUCUCUUGUCAUUGUUUUAUAGCAUGUGAAUUUUUUUCAACCCUUAAUUCUCUCCCUUGGUCCUCUCUCAAUUUUACUUUGAGUGUAAACCAUUUUACCAGUGUUGUUUUUCCCCCUCCUAAUGACAUUUGUUUCAUCUUAAUGAAUACCAAUGUCUGUCCUGGUCAGGCACCCCCCCUCCCUCCCUCCCAGUCUGUCUGUCGGUCUGUUUGUCUGUGUUAACAGUGAGUACCUCAUCAAUCAGAUCAGCUCUGGAUCUUUAAGAUUGUUGUGCCCUUUUUAUAGAGCAGUGCUGCUGUA